AUGAGUACGAAACACCCUUUGGUCGAAAUUAGCGAUGAAGGCGAGGAGGAUGGAAGCAAGGAGGAUGGAAGCAAGGAGGAUGAGAAACGUACAACACGUAGCGGCCGGUCGUUUUCUUCACCAGGCAAAGACAAAGGCAAACAGAAACCCAAGAAAAAACGGAAAACAAUCCAAGCCUCUUCUGCGGAUCCUAACUUGCUUGACGAUCCUGACUUGCUUAAAAAAAAGAAAGAUAUCCCUGAAAUAGGAAACAGAUAUAUCGGCGAACACACCGGCGACAUUAUUGCGCAGCAAUUCACAGAGCCUAUUCCAGCCAAAUUUGCCAAGGAUGAAAAAAAUAAAAAGGAUGAUGAGUGGAACAAAGAGUUCGAACGCAUGACUGUGGAAGAAUUACUCAAUUUUUUCCGUUUUUGGUACCCCAGCUUCUCUGCAGUGAUGCUCGGCAGGCAACACGUGCCCACAUGCCUCAAGUUUUUUCAGCCCAUCAUCCUUCUGUCGCUGUGUCAUGUGAAUAAUGGUGAAUUGCAGAAUGGCAACUAUCGGGACCCAACUUUUGAAGAGGUUGCUUCACUUGCGUUUGCAGAUUCAAUGAAACCUCCUCCCAAACGUCCCUAUUUCAAGCUGAACUUUUCAGGCACGAGAAGCUGUCAUGUCGCGAAGUCAGCAAUGGAUAAGUUCCCAGCGAUGUACGACAAGGUAUUUGUUGUUGCUCAACGAUCUGCAGAAGCCGCAGGGCAUGGUUCCAAAGGAAUAGUCAGAUAUGACACCGUGAAGAAAUACCUCAACGAAUUUUACCGCCUUGUCACUGCCUCUUGGUCCAUGGCACCCACCUUAAUCGGGGCUAACCCUGUCCCUACACAGAGUGAUCAGGUUCAGGGUCUGGAGUGGAUCCUCGAACUUGUGCAGAGAGAGAAACUUGGCUAUAAGAACGAAAAUCAGGGCUUCCCACAACCAAAAGAUACUCCGAAAACGGACGAGGAUCAUUGCGUUGCCAACCCAUACGGGGCCGAUACAAUCAUCAACGAUAAUCGCAACAGAUUCAUCAAGAAGGUCACGCUGAAUAGUGUCGUGGAGGUCUUGGCCGAAGGCGAAGGAAGUGCUGUCAGAAAGCCGUUCCAUGACAGGUCUGGUCACAUUGUAUACGAAUUUCCUGCUACACCUGAAGAUGACGAAAAGGCUCAAGAGGCAUGCGUGUCGUUCUAUUUUGCAAAUUGCAAGGGACGGUACCCCAUGUGUCCAAACGAGAAUGAGCAAAAGGAAGACAACAUCGUCCGACUUCGAACCUGGCGCAGCUUGGAAAGAAAUGAUGCAGAGGAGUUUAUGGGGCUAGUCCCUCCUAUGGCGUUGUUGCGAUCCCUCGAGGAACAUAAAGUCAUUCAAGAACAGUUGACAGAAUUCUACGACUCAGUUGAUUCCCUGUACCAGCCCCCUCCCUCCGCCGACAUACCAGAAAAAGCAAAGUGGAAGGUUGAGAUUACGCUCAAAAAUGAGUUGGUUUGGAAGCUUCCUCUGGAGCAUAGUUCAGGCAACGAGUUGGUUGGCAUUGAAUUGGUCAGUGCAGUCUGGCAACUUGAUCAAAACUUGAAAUGCCUGCUCAGUCCACACUUGAUGCUGUCGAUCGGAGUGUGA